GAGGGGAAUAUCGUCGGGUAGUUGUAGCUGCCUGGUACUUAGAUAUAAACAGGAACGGUCCCUACGGAACUGGGAGGAUCACUUUUUGCUUGCUUAGUUACUUAUUUAUUUUAGUAUUUUUCUAAAGCACAUUUUCCUGGGCUAUUGUCCACUUCCAUCAAAGGCAUGGAGUAUUUUCAUGAGCCACGUCGACACGGAGAGCCACAAAACACCAACUCCUCGCUACUAUUCCGGGAUCGUAGGCUAUUCUAUUUUAAAAAAAUCGAAGAACCAGGAUAUUUUCUCCACCGGAAGAGCUUCAGAUGUUCAGAUCCAUUCAGAUUUCUUUCCGAUUUCAAGUUAAUCUCUAGCUUUGAGGAGGGGGACCAAUCAUAUUAGUCGUGCAUUCUGACUAAUAUUGGUCAGCAAAACUGUAUAAAGAAGUCCUGUAUACUAGCUUUCUUCUGGACAAAUGACAUGUUGGUUUAAUUUGUUGAUUGCAAUGGGGAAAUAUUAUUUAUAUUUUCUAACCUGUGGAAAUUAGAUUAAGAUUGAACAUAAAUCAAAUUGAAUAAAUUCAGAUUAUGUAAUACUGACUGAGUUCAACUAAUGAUUCAAAUGUUCGUGCUUUGAAGUGUUGGGUUCAAUUUCAAGAGCUACUUAGAAGGGUGAGACGGAUAUACAGCAGAUGCAAGAUAAUCUGCUGGGAAUUUCCUGGGUUGAUAGUUCAUGGAUUCCAAUAUUAAACAGUGGGAGUGUAUUGGACUAUUUCUCAGAGCGUAGUAAUCCAUUCUAUGAUCGAACGUGCAACAAUGAAAUGGUCAAAAUGCAAAGGCUAACCUUGGACCACUUGAAUCAAAUGGUUGGAGUAGAAUACAUUCUUCUACAUGCACAAGAGCCAAUCCUUUUCAUCAUCCGUAAGCAGCAAAGACAGAACCCAACACAAGUUAUCCCAUUGGCUGAUUACUACAUUAUUGCUGGAGUAAUUUAUCAGGCACCUGACUUGGGGUCAGUUGUAAACUCAAGAGUGCUCACUGCGGUGCAUGGAAUCCAGUCAGCUUUUGAGGAAGCUAUGUCUUAUUGUCGCUAUCACCCCUCCAAAGGUUAUUGGUGGCAUUUCAAAGAUCAAGAGGAACGAGAUAAAGCCAAACCAAAAACAAAGAAGAAGGAGGAACCAAGCUCUAUUUUCCAGAGGCAACGUGUGGAUGCAUUACUUCUAGAUCUGAGACAAAAAUUUCCCCCUAAGUUUGUGCAGCAAAAAUCUGGAGAAAAACCAGUCCCAGUGGAUCAGAUUAAGAAAGAAUCAGAGCCAGCACCUGAAGCUAUAAAACAAGAGGAGAAGGAAGCUGCAAAGACCACACAACAGAGCACUUCUGCUAAAGGACCACCAGAGAAACGAAUGAGAUUACAGUGACAGAAAGGAAAAUGACUUUUGUAACUAGUGAGGAUUUGGUGAAGAAACUGAGGUAAAUAAGUUAGCUAUUUAAAAAGGGGACAGUGAACUGUGACCUUUCCAAAAUUCCAGCCUUUGGGUUUUUUUUUUUUUUUUGGUUUUUUUUUUCAUGUUACAAACUUACAGUAACUUUCAGGAUGGAAUGACCUAUUUUUGCAUUCAAGGCUGAAUUUUCCUUUGUGAAUCUUUUGAGGACUUUUUUAGGCUCUGAUAUUUUCAAAUUGUAAUCUCAUACUUUUUAUUAGUGUCUUGCUGUAGUCUGAAACAUCUUUAUCUUUCAUAAAUAGAGCUUGGCUCUAUUGUUCCAUCAGGUCUUUUCCAAACAAAUUGGUUGCAGCAGUUCAGAGGUAGUUCUUUUUUGAAAUUUUCACUUUCUCACUAAGAUUAAAUUCAAACUGAGAUAGAAGAUCUUCUUUUCCACAACUUGGAUUAUUAUAUUGAUGUUUUCCCCUUCUCAGUUUAUUCUUUGAACAGCUUACGCAGAUGCCCAUGAUUUUGAUACUUGCUUAAAUAUUGAAGUACAAUAGCCAGUAAAUAAGAGUAUAGUAAUAUUCCAUAGGCUUAGCUUCUCUCAAUUACUGUAAUUUUUUUGAAAUACGGGUUGAGUAUAAAAUAUGUAUAAAAUAUUAUGAGGAAGUUAUUCUCUGGUAGUUUCACUACACUAGCUAGGGAAAUCUUAACUCCCUGUAGAGAAAAGCCCUGUAAAGUAAUUGUCAAUAAAAUUAUGUUAUAAUCUGUGAUUUUUCUAAAUAUUUAUUUGUUUUGAAGAGGAAACAGAUAAGAAUGUUUUUUAAAGGAUUUUUAUUCUUUCUCCUUCGUUUUUCACAGUACAUGUUGGUUUUUCCUUUUUUUAAUUCUAAAAAUGUUUUGUCCGUUUGUACUUCUUUCCAUUCUACUUUUAUAUUAUUUCACUGAAAAAUAAAACAAAAUAUUUUAAA